AUAGCUGGCGCUCCUGAUGGGCUAGGCCAGUGCCGGCCCAGCUCCCCGCAGAGGUGGCCGGAUCUGCUGGGCUGCUCGGUCGAUGCCUUUGCCACUGACUUCCAGGCAUGAGGUGGUUCCUGCCCUGGACGCUGGCAGCAGUGACAGCAGCCGCCGCGGGCAGCACCCUGGCUUCGGCCCUCUCUCCUGCCCCCACGGCCAUGACCUUCACCCCAGCACCACUGGAGGACACGUCCUCGCGCCCCCAAUUCUGCAAGUGGCCCUGUGAGUGCCCGCCGUUGCCACCUCGCUGCCCACUGGGGGUCAGUCUCAUCACGGAUGGCUGUGAAUGCUGUAAGACAUGUGCCCAGCAGCUCGGGGACAACUGCACUGAGGCCGCCAUCUGUGACCCCCACCGGGGCCUCUACUGCGACUACAGUGGGGACCGCCCGAGGUACGCAAUAGGAGUGUGUGCACAGCUGGUCGGCGUGGGCUGCGUCCUGGACGGCGUGCGUUACAGCAACGGCCAGUCCUUCCAACCCAACUGCAAGUACAACUGCACGUGUAUUGACGGUGACCUGGGCUGCACGCCGCUGUGUCUGCGCGCGCGCCCCCCGCGCCUCUGGUGCCGCCGUCCCCGGUGGGUGCGCAGGCCCGGCCGCUGCUGCGAGCAGUGGGUGUGCGACGACGACACCAGGAAGCCGCGCAAGACAACGCCGCGUGACACGGGCGCCUCGGCGGCUACGGGGGAGGUCGAGCCAUGGCACAGGAAUUGCAUAGCCUACACAAGCCCCUGGAGCCCCUGCUCCACCAGCUGCGGCCUGGGGGUCUCCAUGCGCAUCUCCAACGCCAACACCCAGUGCUGGCCUGAGCAGGAGAGCCGUCUCUGCAACCUGCGGCCGUGUGAGGUGGACAUCCGAUCGCACAUCAAGGCAGGGAAGAAGUGUCUGGCUGUGUACCAGCCAGAAAUGCCCAUGAACUUCACCUUCGGGGGCUGCAACAGCACACGCUCAUACCGACCCAAGUACUGUGGGGCCUGUACGGACAACAGGUGCUGCAUCCCCUACAAGUCCAAGACCAUCAACGUCUCCUUCCAGUGUCCUGAUGGGCCUGGCUUCUCCCGCCAGGUCCUAUGGAUCAAUGCUUGCUUCUGCAACCUGAGCUGUAGGAACCCCAAUGAUAUCUUUGCAGACUUGGAAUCCUACCCUGACAUCUCAGAAAUUGCGAAUUAGGCAGGCACAAGACCAGGGCCUCAGGGCCUGGCCCAGCGCUUGCAAAGCAGCCAGACCUCUGUGGCCAGAACAUUUUCACAACUGAGCCUUCCUUUGUCCACUUACCACUCACCUUUAAUUACCCUGAUCCUGAUCCUCUGUCCCCUUUUCCAUCUCUGACCACCCAUAAGGCCCAUGAUGGUGCUCCUCAGGCCCAGAUUCUGGGUCCCUCCUUGGCAGCCUUCCAUGUCCACUCCAAAGAAAAUGCCUGUCUCUAGCAGUUCUGGACAAGCCCCAAGCCUGACCCACCAUCUAAUACACUGGAAGUCCUGCUGGAUCUUGCCUGAGUCCCAUGGAAGAGAACCAGCUAGACAUCCAGUAUCAUGAAUUCCCUCUUUAGAUGCCAAACCACAAGGCUCUUGGGGUCUGUUCAGAAGGAUUGAUGGAUUUGGGCCAACGGAAUAGUCUACUAUUUGGGUCCUGCCUAGUGAUACCCUAAUAGACUGUUCUGACCGUAACAUACCAAAAGUAUCUCAGAUGCUAAAGAUUUAUGCACCCUAAAGCCACCAAACAUUUGCCAAGAGAGAUGAAUGGUUUUUUGUUUUGUUUAUUAAUGGAAAGUUGUAUCCAUUAACUCCGGGAUUGCUGAGGUUCAGUUUCUCUUCACACCUGCACUGUGAAGGGUAGAGAUUGGGUUCAUCUCAGUGAGAAACAAGAUUUGAUAAAGUCUGUUCUUGAUCAUGGAAACAGCCCCCAGUCAAUACUCCAGGAAUAGAGGGAGCUCAGCCAGUUUCCAGAAGAAGCCACUGACCCUAGCUGGAGUCCAUUGCUGACUGAUGGGGCAUUGAUCCAUAGGCCAGGCUCUUCCUUGCAUCCAGACCCUCUCUCUGCUGGAUGGCUCACAGGAGUCCUUGGAGGCCCUGGGAUGGCCUCUCUGCACCCUGAGGGUGGUAUCCUGGGGCAUUUCUCCUACAGAGACUUGGGACACCCCACUGAAGUCCAGGCCAGACCCUCCUGAAAUGACCAAGACAGGUCCAGGUCAGGGGUGGGUCAAACAAGAAGUGCGUCCAUGCCUCAUGGCCUCGAGUGGCCCCUAGAAGGAGGCUACAGGACCACAAGGAUGGCUGGGCCCAAGGCCUGUCUCAUUCUGCCACAGUAAACCAUUUCACAGCCUUUGGGUCUAAUGAUCAAAACAACCCAGUUUCCUGGUGUGAAGACAGGGAUUUGCCAGUUGCUUAAAACCAGAAAUAUAUUUAACAAGGGUUUGAAGCGAAAAGGAAAUGGAAAGGAGGCUAUUAUUUAUUUUAUUAAUAAAACAUAAAGAUUUACUAUGAUAGUUCUUUUAUGAAGCACAUUCUCUGUGCCAGACAUUGUUCUCAGCGCUUUACCUCGGCUAGCUCAUUGAACCUUUGCGACAACCUUCUGAAUUUGCCGUGGCUAUUUCCGUUCUUACAAAUGUGAAGCAGAAGCCCAGAGAGGCAAAGACACUUGAUUGAAGUCACCCAGCUGGCGAGUGGGAAAGUCAGUAUGCAAAUCCAAGUUGAACUGACUCCAAAGUCCAUAUUUUUUCCUACUUUUAGAGCUUCCAAACAUGUCAGAGCAGGAGAACAUAUUGGAAUACAUGACUUCUCACUCUGGUGUUCACUUUUAAUACUGUCUCUCUAGAUCCUUUUCCAAGAGAAGACAGUGUCUGACUUUCAGAUCAUUUAGGUGCUUGAACAUCCAAAAAAUUAUCAGGUGGAUAGAAAUUCAUGCAUCUCCAACAGCUCAUCCCCUCCUUCCAAUGGAAACCAGAUCUCCUCAUGCAUUUAGAUGAUUUCUUCAGUGCUGCUUAUUGAAUGGUGUGCAGUUAUUCGUGAGGGAGUUAUCUGAAGUGAGCAGAGAGAUUCCUAAACAGGAAAACAAGCUGGAAACGUGUCCCCUCUCCUGGGGCCUCCUGAAAGCUUAGCCCAGUGCAAAGCAUACUGUGAUGCUCAGUAUGUAUUUGAUGAAUAAAUGAAAUUGAGCAGGUGUUCCUAGCUUUAUUCAGAAGCUCUCUUCCUCCCACACUGUGUGAAAAUCUAAUUUUUAUCAUCCAGAUCUCAUUUCAAGUGCCAUAGAAAAAGACACUUAAUAUUUAAAGAGAUGUUUAUUUAUUUAAAAAAAAAAAAAAGGAGUCUUGUGUA